AUGGCGACGGUGCAACCACAAUGGAACCCUCCUCCAGUCCCAGCUGGAGGAGCCACAAUCCCCAAGUUAAAGCUUUGGAACUCAUUGACCAGGUCCAAGGUUGAUUUCGUGCCUCUGGAAUUGGGAAAGGUUUCGUGGUAUAGCUGUACGGAUUUCCGACGAGUUUUGAGUGUCAGUAUCUUACUGAUGAGACGGCAGGCNGGUCCGACUGUAUAUGACUUCUCUCAUCUGGGCCACGCGCGCAACUAUGUGAGCUUGGAUAUCCUCAGGAGAAUCAUGACACAUCUAGGCUACGACGUGAACAUGGUCAUGAACGAUGACAAGAUCAUUCUUGCUGCCCGUCAACAGCACUUGCUCACCAACUUCAUCAACCAACAUGAGAACAUCGACACCGAAGUCCUCGACACCACAAACGCCGCUUUCAAGGCAUACAUCACAAAGAAUCUGUCUCUUUUGCCUGAGGAUGUCUCGCCCUCCGACUUCACACAAACAGUAGAGAAGGCGUACGGCCAUGUCUUACAAGGCAAAAACUUGGCCAACGACGGUGCUGCCCCUGGAGACGACGAGGCAAAGGUCAAGAUGCACAUCAAGACCGCCUCCACUGCUGCCGAAGCUCUUGUUGCUCAGGCUAACGCCUCAGACUAUUAUGCCAAGGCUUCUGGCGUCCUNUUGCCAUACCUCGAUUCCCAAUUUGGUUCUACCAUCGAUGCCAAUGACCACGCUCUGUUCAACAGUCUUGCAAAGAAGUACGAAAACUACUUCUUCGAAGACAUGACUGCCCUGAACGUCUUGCCCCCUACCACCAUUACUCGCGUUACCGACUACGUUCCUCAGAUUGCAGAUUUCGUGAAGCAAAUUCAGGACAAUGGCUACGCUUAUGAGCACAAUGGCAGUGUCUACUUCGAUGUUGGUGCUUGGGAGAAGGCAGGAGGUGUCUAUGCUCGUUUGGAACCCUGGAACAAAGCCGAUCCUGCGCUUCUUGCUGAGGGCGAAGGAUCGCUGGCAGCCAAGGGUACUUCUUUCAAGAAAUCUCCAGCGGACUUCGUCUUGUGGAAGGCAUCCAAGGCAGGUGAGCCCGCUUGGAACAGCACUUGGGGUCCCGGAAGGCCUGGAUGGCAUAUCGAGUGCAGUGCUAUGGCGUCUGACAUACUUGGUUCGCGCAUGGAUAUUCACUCAGGUGGAAUAGAUCUGGCUUUCCCACACCACGAUAACGAACUCGCCCAGUCAGAGGCUUUCCAUUGCUCUUGCCCGGCCGAGAAGGACAGCACAUGGGUCAACUACUUCCUCCAUAUGGGUCACUUAGGCAUCUCUGGCGCAAAGAUGUCGAAGAGUCUAAAGAACUUCACUACUAUCCGUGAGGCCCUGGCUAAAGGAACAUGGACACCUCGUGGAUUGAGAACCGUCUUCCUUCUUGGAAACUAUCGCGCUCCUUUGGAGAUUUCAGACUCCAUCGUACAGAUUGCUUCACAGUGGGAGGACAAGAUUUCCAAUUUCAUGCUCAAAGCUUUGGACACAAAAAUAAACCCAAGCCAAGGAUUAGUCGACAGCGAGACUGGUUUAUCACCAGAUGGUCCUCUCAAAGAAGCACUUCAAUCCGCCAAGAUCUCUGUCGAAGAUGCCCUGUUGGACUCAUUUGAUACGCCAACAGUGAUGAAAGUUCUCUCGGAUCUGGUUACCGCAUUCAAUUCUGAAACUGGUGUUAGCGACGAAGUAACGAUCGAGAUCGCCAAAUACAUCACAUCCAUUGUUACAAUGCUGGGUCUUGAUGCCAACCCACCUGCUCAUGGCAUCUCGUGGAGUGGUAUUGAGGUCGACUCAGACGUUGCUCCAUUCGUAUACCCUCUCGCCAAGAUCAGAGACGAAGUACGAAAACAGGCCAUUGCGGGUACCAUUGACGCACCCGCUAUUCUCAGUCACUUCGACGCCGCCGCACUUAAGACGCCACCGUCUACAAAGGAGGGCGCCGAAGCUGCUGAGGCCACAGUGGGCUGGUUGAGCAAACUCAAUGACCUCAUCAAGAGCGAUGCAGCUCCCAAAGCAUACAUGCCGCUCUGCGACGAACUCAGAGACACCACUCUUUGGAACCUGGGUAUUUACCUAGAGGACCGCGCGAAUGCGCCCGCCCUCGUACGUNNCCCCCUGAACGCGUCUCUUCGUGAGGAGCGUGCGAACCGCGAAGCUCUGGCCGCAAUGAAGCUAGAGAAGGCAAAAGCAGCAAAGGAGGCUAAGGAGAAGGAAGAGCGUGANGAAAUUGGAAAGGGCAAACUGUCUCACCUGGAGAUGUUCCGCACAGCUGAAUUCUCAGAAUGGGACGAAGAGGGCUUGCCGACGAAAGACAAGGAGGGUAAGGAAGUCGCCAAAAGCAGGAGUAAGAAACUGAGGAAAGACUGGGAGAGACAAAAGAAGUUGCACGAGGCUUGGAUUGCAGCUGCCAAGUAG